AGCUGAAGAAAGGAGAAUGGAAUCUAUUAAUUUUACAUAAUAAUGAUAUGCAUUCAAGAUUUGUGGAAACAGACGCUAAACAAAAUGAGUGUCCAGACGAAAUUAAGGCAGAGAACAAAUGCUAUGGAGGAAUGGCAAGAGUUGCGACAGUGGUAAGGCGCGCAAGAAAAGAUGCAAAAGAGGUGGUCCACCAGUUUUGUAUUUAAAUGCUGGUGACACAUUUGCUGGGUCACCUUGGUUCAUGGUGCAUAAAGCACCAUUAGUUGCAUUAAGUAUGAAUCUCCUCCGGCCAGAUGCUGCGAGUCUCGGAAAUCAUGAAUUUGAUUUGGGUGCAAAAGGUUUAGAAACAUAUUUAAAUUUAACUUAUGGAUAUCCGGUAGUUGCUGCUAAUAUCGACGUUUCUGAAGACCUGGAUUAUUAA